AUGGGAUACAUCAAAGGUAACAUUCCUGGUGCCUAUGACAAUAAUAACUACAAUGACCACAAUUCAAAUUUUAAUAAUUCCGGCCAAAACACGCAAUACACGUCCACAGAUAAUUGGCAAGGAACCAUACAACUCCUCUCGGAUAUCUUAGAUCAACUGCUAUAUAACUUAAAUCAACUACAUCCCUUACAACAACAAGCGAAUCAUUACUUAAAUCAACUGCUACAUCCCUUACAACAACUACAAGAAAUCUUACAACCACUGCUAUCUUACUUGCAACAACAUCCUUUACAACAACUCUUACAACAACUGCAAAGCAUCUCACAGCCACUGCUACAAUACUUACAACAAGGAAUGAAACGUCACUUACAACAACUGGAAAAUUACUUACAACAAUUGCAAGUAAUCUCACAACAGCUGCUACAACAUUUACGACAACAAACACCACCACAACCCUCAGAAUCAUAUCAAAUUUCCUUACAACAGCAACAAGAGCAAGAACUAUCGUUACAAUCCACACAACAGUCGCAACAACUCUCACCAUAUCACCAACAACCCAUAGAACAACUGCGAUCUUUAGAAGAUUAUCCACAAAAAUUCACAUUACAGGAAAUAGCGGAAUUCUUGCGAGGACGAAUCACAAAUCCAAUAGAUCAUUUUUUUUUGGGAGACUAUAUAAUAAUUGUUAAAUAUGCUUUUGACGAACGUAAUUUAACUGUGCAAAAACGCUUGGAAGGUGGAGAAGAAACUAGAGGGACAAUUAUUAAUGAGGAAGAAAAUCGUCAUCAAUACGAAUCGGAAAGUGAAAUCAUUAAAUUGAAAGAAAGUAAUAUUGAAUUAAAAAGUCAAUUGGAUAUUAAAGCUGCUGAAAUGGACAAAAUACUCAAGGAUAUGGAAAGUAACGAAGAUUUGAAAAAUGCUAUCGAAGAACUGAAGGGAGAAAAUAAAAACUUGAAAAAAGAAUUAAAAGAAAAAAACGAUGAAAUGAAAGAAUACAAUAAAAUGGAAGAAAAAUACAAUAAAAUGGAAGAAAAAUACAAUAAAAUGGAAGAAAAAUACAAUAAAAUGAAAAUCAAAUUCAAUGAAUCGGAAAAUACCCAAAAUAAAAAUAAUAAAGAUAAGCAGCCAAACCAGUGGUUUUCAAAUAAUAAAAAUCAUGAUAAUAAGCUCAAAGUACUUCAAUCACAAUGUAAUACCCUCGAAAGCGAAUGUCAAGGAUUUAAGGAAAAUAACGAUAGAUUAGAGAAAUUAUUAAAUUUAAAAGAUAAAGAAAUUGAUUAUUUGAAAGAAGCCAAUGAAAAAUUAAAGAAAGAGGCUAUCAAAUAUCAAUCAGCUUUGGGCGAUGCAACAAGUUUUCAUCUAGGAAGUCAAGACCCCAACAGCGCUGGACAAUUAUCAAAAGAUAUUCAUGAUUUACACAACAAUUUAGUAAAAUUUUGUGGACUGAGAAAGGCAGAUGCUGAUGUUAAUAUAUCGACGGUAAAAGAACUCUUGAAAAAAUUUGGUUGUUCGCUCACCGUAAGUAAUAAGAUAAGCACUACCGACAAAAUUUUGAUCUCUGGCGCGUUGGAACGUCACGUAAUUGAAAUGAUCAUUGAAAAAACCAAAAAUUACCUUAAAAAAGUCAAUGAAAAAGAUGUCAAACAAGAUGACGAAAAUCGACAACAAAGCUUGGAAGCAAAAAUAGUUAAUACGACAGAGCAACUAUUAAAAGUGCAAGAACCUGUUGCCGAUUAUAAAUUUUUUACAAUUAACACAAGUAUCAAUACUAAAAUGAUGGAAGCACCUUUAGACGAAAGUGAGAUUGAAGAUUAUUGUGUUAAUGUUUGUGAAUUCCCAAUAAUUGGAUCUAACCUUUGUGAAGCUGACAUAUCUGACAAAGAUUUGAAAGUAAUCUUUCCUGCGCAAAUUACGACUAUUAAAAAAUCAUCAGUCAAUUUGAUCGUCCUUUAA